AUGAAUGCCGAUGUCGAUGCAAUCGACAUCGAUGAGGAUGAUGACGACGAUGAAGAUGAUGACGACGAUCCUGGUAUAUUUAGCAUCGCCACUGACUGCCACAGUGAGGAAGAUGACGCCCUCAUUGGUAAAGACAAUGUGCUAUCAGCAGUGCACACGAAGUGCACUGCUGUUGACAAGGAUGAAUCAGCAGAGGAAUUUUGCUGA